UGCGUUGCAAAGCGAUAUGACACGGCGCAACAUCAUUGCGGACUCCGACGAAGAUGACAACGAUGGUGUUUCCACUCCGGAGCAAAGUCCCUUAAAAGGCAUCGGCGCCACGUCCGCGCGGUCGCCACCUGAACCUUGCCUAACGCCACUAGAAGUGAGCGCUGCUUCGACAGAUGGAGUUCUCUUUCAGUCAGACCUUCGCCGUCAACAUCUUCCAUCCGGAUCGCACCCGGGGGGUGGCUCAAGUUCAGUCUCUGUGCAUGCUAAUCAGCCGAAACAGGUGGCAGCGACUGGAAACAUAUCCUCGCUGACUUCCAUUACCGACCCCGUCGACAAUUCCAGACAUGCAAAGAAGGGCAACAUCAAUUCGGCAUCGGACGACUUGACGCAAGUGACGACUCCCGGACGAACUACCCACACCGCGAUGAGGAACAUCUGGGACGUACCGAGUAGUCCGGACCUCGAAGCGUCCGAAAUACGUGUCAAUAAAAGAAGGCGUCUUUCGCUAGAAAUGCCACAAGAUGGAAUCGAGACAGCAAAGAAAAGGCACAGAAAGAACGACCUCUAUUUAACCGUUGAGGUCCAGUCUCCGGAACAGACACCAGCACAAGACGUCUUAGUCUUAACAAGAGUUGAGCGACCCUCCCCUCCUCGUCCUGGCAAACGGAGAAAGAUGGAGCGGGAGGAAACGACAUCACAAUCCGGUUACGGCUCAACUUCCAUUGAGGCUGGUGGCCUAGACAACAAUGCUGUUGAGUCGUAUAACACUACAGUUCCCAAUAUGGACCAGGAGGCAACCCAACCGAAUAUAGAUCGGUCAAUCUCGCUCUACGUUGAGCCGCACACCUUAACAGCAAGCCAGAGAAUUCUCUACCAGUCACUCCACCCAUCUCCGGACGAUCAAGGUCCUAUUCCUCCCUUUGAUACUCCAAACUACCACAUAGGCACCCGAUCGAGUGGAAUGACGACAGUUGCCUACACUACACCCAGCCAGUUCAAGAGUCCUACUUGCGCCAAGAUGCCGGAGCGCAGGGAACUGGCCACUUCACCGCGGUCCCCAAUACGCGAAAGGAGACGAAGCUCCCAGAACCGGUCUUCUCCCGACGCGAUCACUCUGGCCGAAGAGCGGACAACGGAAUCCACAACAGUAGAUACCGAGUGUCAUGGUCCGGACGGCAUGGACUUACCUCGCGAGCAUUAUUCACCUCGACUAACUCGGCGCAGGGGACGCCGUGCGCCUCAUCACGAAGCAUACCUGGAUCACUCGGAGCCGGAGUGCGCUCCAACUGCCGCCAGGAUGGGGGAUUCUAGAGAAGCCCCCCGGGCGUUGUUUGAUCCAGGCCCGGACAGCAUUCCACCGGGCAAAAGACAGAGCCGUUCGCGGAAGGCAGAAGAAGCACCGAAAGUCCCAACCGACGUUGGAGGCGAUCAUGAUCCAGGAAAAACGCACAGCGAAGAUGGUGGGAACGCAAUCGACGCAGGCGUGCCACUUGCUCCACAAACAGAGAAGAAAGGCAGAAAGAAACGUGGUAGACCAAGGAAAGUGGCCAAGGUUGCUAAGGCUAGCAGCCUGCGAAACAUUGACGACGCGCAAAAGGGGGUUGUCCCUGUAGAUGAAUGGGGUGAUCAACCUGUGCAGGAUGCAGUUGGCUUGCAGAAAGCUGAGGAAGCACAGAUGGAAGACAUUUCCCCAACAAGAAAAACGAGCGAGGAGAGUGUGGAUGGGCAGGAAACGGUCGCCGCCCACGACCCAGCGGAUGCCCUUCCCACUCACGCGCCGAAGGACUUCCAAGUAGCAACCAACAGCCAACCAGCCGUUGGUGCUGCCCCCAGCGACAUGGAUAUGCCAGAGGAUGCAGAAAGCGGACAACUUGUAAAGCACGCGGGGGCUGGUGAUGUAGCAGCAGAAAAGGCUGACAACCCAAGUCGAGACUUGUCCCGGACAAGCAGUCCGGUCUGGCAAUCAGGGAAGCCGUUGUACCGAGUCGGUCUCAGCAAGCGGUCACGGAUCGCGCCGCUCUUAAAGUCGCUGCGGAAGACCUAAUAGGGAAGAGGUCAAGACUGGGCUUGCGCAAUCGAGAGGAGCUAGUGAUAUGCAGUAGUUAUAACACGAGGGCCUUGCGGCCCGCUGCCUGGUCUGCCUGGUUGUAAACUGAGAAGGCCAACCACAGGAGGUGGAGUCUUUGGUGUAAAUACGAAGCAAGCUAGUAGAUGGUCGUUUGCUGUCUCCACUGACGCAUAUCUCGGAUGUUUUUGCUGGGUAAGGCGACUUGCAUGCAUGCCGCAAUGGAUAUGAAUGAUCGUCAGUUCGUUCGGUUGAACUGGUAGCGGGGACACCCCUCCCCACUGCAGGCGUUCGCACCCAUCCGGCAUGUUUAUAAUUGGUGGAUGGUUCUUUCAGGCGCUUGAGGGAUGGUUGAAAUAGGAGGUAGCGGUUGCAGAACCACAGCCAGAGAGGAUGGUGGGUAGAGAAGACCAUCACCAACCUCACUGUCUGGAUUUCUGGCGUAACAGCUACGCAGGUUGGCCCUCUUUAUGGA